AUGGCGCAACUGCCUCCAGAGCUUCCUGACGAUGUCGUGGAGGAAAUUCUCCGGCGUCUCCCGCCGGACGAGCCGGCCCACCUCGCCCGCGCAUCACUCGUCUCCAAGCCCUGGUGCCGCCUCCUCUGCAACCCCGCCUUCCGCCGCAGCUACCACAGGGCGCCACCCAUGCUGGGCUUCUUCCACAACGCUGGCUCCUACGACCACCCGGUGGCCCGCUUCGUCCGCUCCAAAGCCUUGUGCCCGCGCUAUCCGGAUAUCAGCAACUUCCGUGUUCGUGACUGCCGACACGGCCGGGUCCUCCUCCAAGCCAGAAGGAGCUCUCUGUUCGUCGUCUGGGACCCCAUGACGGGCAGCCGGAGGGAGGUGCGCCGGCCUGCUGGCCUUGUGGCCUACGAGUAUGAUGUCGUGGUGCUGUGCGCUUUGGGAGGAGCCUGCAACCACCACGCCUGCCAUGAGGGCCCCUUCCUCGUGGUAUACGUAGGCAUCAAAGUCAUGACAAAGGCAAUAAGCGCCUGCGUGUACUCGUCUGACACGGGCAAAUGGAGCGCGCAGACUUCUGCGUACAUCUUCAAAAAGAGUUUGAAUUGCGUAGUCAGUACUGCCAUUGUCGGAGGUGCACUCUAUUUCCCCUGCUCUGAUUACGGUAAGAAUCGCCAUGAAAUUAUCAAGUAUGACUGGAGCAGGCAUUGCCUAUCAGUGAUUGACAUGCCGCGUUGGGUUAAUUCUGGUCCUUCCUGCUGUCCCCUUCUUGCGGCACCGGAGGACGGUAGGCUGGGAUUUGCCCAACUGAUAACGUACUACGGUACCCAACCGAGAGCCCUCCUCCGCAUGUGUUCGAGGGACGUGAAUGCCGAUGGGGACGGGUCCAUUUAUGCGUGGACAGAUCGCAGAGAAAUUGAUCUCAACGCACUCCUCCCAACUGGAGAUCGCGCGACCAAAUUAUAUUUGCAUGGCUCUGUGGAAGGCACUGACAUCGUUUUCAUCGUCACAAAUAGCUGUCCUUUUGUCCUCUAUGAGAUUGAUCUCAAGUCCCUGCAGACGAGGAAAUUGUAUGAAGGAAAAGGAGAAGGAAGAAUCACCCAUAAUAUCUUCCCCUUCAUGAGCUUCUACACUCCAGCAGCAAUACUUGCUUCGGUGGGAGACACGGCGACCGUUGUUAGACCAGUGCCACGCAAAAGCAAGAGGAAGCGGAAACACAACCUGAAGGUGAUGGGCCCAGAUUGGCUGAAGUAG